UUUGGGAACUCCAGUGGUUUUGUUCCAGGUUGGUUCCUUCCAGAUACCUGGCCCAAGCCCGAAGUCCAGAAUUCCAACUACAACAGCAGCCUGGAUCUGCCACCCUUUUCGUUGCUCUCUUUUUUGCUACUGGAUUCUAGGGCCAGGCCAGCUGGACAGCGCUUUGACAGCUAUGAGCCAGAGUAGCUCAGAAUACUCCUGGUUAAAAGCCCCAGAGCCGGGCCCCGCCUUCUGAGCUUUGUGAUUGGCUACUGGAGUGGAUUGGAAGGGUGGCUGGAUGGAUACUUGGGUGGGUGGGUAAUUGAAGGGAGGAGGGAAGGAGUGAGGGGGUGGUGUGGGGUGUGUGAACCUUCCGCGAGAGAGCGGUUCUCUCUGCUGCGCUCGGGCUAGCGUCCACCGGGCCCAGUAGAGGGAGGAGGAGGAAAGAAGAGAUUGGAAAGGAGGAGCAGGGAGAGAAGUGCUCGUUUGUGCGUGUGAACCUGCGGGUUACCGGUGUCCAGCCAGAAGGAAGCCAGGAGCUGGGGCACAGACCUGUCUGGCCGCUCGCCCCUCCGAUUUGGGGGGAGCACAGGAGGGCGGUGGUAGUGCGUGUGUGGAGCCCGGGGGCCGAGCGUUGAAAGGUGUUGGAGGCAUUGGCAGCGGCCGCGGCAGGAGCGGCUGCAGCCGGGAGGCCGGCUUGGCCCCCAGCUUCUUCCUGACCCCGGCAUCCCUCCUCCGCAAGCUCAUCUUCUCCUCCUCCUUGUCCUCCAGCCCGAGCGCCCCUUACUCGCUGAGCCCGGCCCAGGAGCGCUAGAGAUAAGGGACGGGAGGGGGCUGCACGAGACAAAGGGGGCGCGGGGAAGCAGCUGGCGAUGGCUUCCCUGAGCCUGGGGGGGUUGAGCGUGAACCGUGGAGGCGGCGGCAGCAGCAGCUGCAAGAAGAGCCUAAACGCCCGCAAUGCUGCAGUGGAGAGGAGGAACCUGAUCACAGUGUGCAGAUUUUCUGUCAAGACCCUGAUUGACCGAUCCUGUUUUGAGACAAUCGAUGACUCAUCCCCUGAAUUUAACAAUUUCGCUGCUAUUUUGGAACAGAUACUAAGUCAUCGGUUAAAAGAGAUUUCACAAAGUUGCAGAUGGCUGGCUCACCUCCAAAUAACUCUUCAAGGUCAAGUAACCUGGUUUGGCUAUGAAAGCCCUCGUAGCUUCUGGGACUAUAUCAGAGUGGCCUGCCGAAAGGUUUCCCAGAACUGUAUCUGCAGCAUUGAGAAUAUGGAAAAUGUCAGUUCUUCAAGAGCCAAGGGAAGAGCCUGGAUCAGAGUAGCACUCAUGGAAAAACAUUUAUCCGAAUAUAUCUCCACAGCUCUGAGAGACUUCAAAACAACCAGGAGAUUUUAUGAAGAUGGAGCAAUUGUAUUAGGUGAAGAAGCAAAUAUGCUUGCUGGCAUGCUGCUUGGACUUAAUGCUAUUGAUUUCAGCUUCUGCCUGAAGGGAGAAGGAUUAGAUGGCAACUUCCCAGCUGUCAUAGAUUAUACACCAUAUUUGAAGUUUACCCAAAGUUCUGAUAGCAUCAGCAGUGAUGAAGAAGAAUUAAGGACCUUGGGCAGCAGUGGUAGUGAAAGUAGUACUCCAGAGAAUAUUGGCCCUCCUUUUAUCAUGGAUGAAAAUAGUUGGUUCAACAAGUGUAAGAGAGUUAAGCAGAAGUAUCAGCUUACCCUGGAACAAAAGGGUUAUCUUGAAGAACUAUUAAGACUUCGAGAGAACCAGCUGGCUGAAUCUGUUUCUCAGAACAAGUUACUGCUUCAGAGGAUUGAAGAUUCUGAUUUGACCCACAAACUAGAGAAGGAGCAGUUGGAGUACAUUAUCGUAGAACUGCAGGACCAGCUGACUGUGCUAAAGAAUAAUGAUUUAAGAUCAAGACAAGAGUUAACUACCCACCUCACCAAUCAGUGGCCUUCCCCAGGAGCUCUGGAUGUCAAUGCUGUUGCCUUGGAUACCUUGCUUUACCGAAAACACAAUAAACAGUGGGAUGACAAAAGUUUUCAAAGUCUGGACCAGUUAUCAGCUGAAGUUAGUCUUUCCCAGACAUCUCUGGAUCCAGCCCAUUCACAGGAUGGAGAUGGUAAACAAGACAUGUUAAAUUUACUAAAUGAAGGUAAAGAAGAUACUCCCUCAUUACUUGGGCUCUGUGGCUCCCUAACCUCAGUAGCAAGUUAUAAAUCUCUAACAAGUCUGAAAUCAAGUGACUACCUUGCAAGUCCCACCACAGAGAUGACCAGCCCAGGCCUAACUCCAUCUUGAAAAGCCAAAUGUGGCGGCAGCCAGAUACAAAACCUCUUACAUCGCAUACAUUCAGUCUACAUUCCACGGCUUUGACUGCUGGGAAGGCAUUAGUCUUCAGCAAAGAGUUGUAUGCUUUUUUAAAAGAUUUCAUUUCUAUUCACUUAUUUAGACACUUCCGUUCAUAUACUCUCAGUGAAGAAUCUUCCUGAUUGUUCUUCUUUCUAGUUUCUCUGACAAAUGUGCAAUUUUUAAAGGUGAAUUGAUAAAGCUUUUAACAAAAAUUUAAACUAGGUAGCUCCCCAAAUAAUCAAGGCAUGGCAAAAUGCACACACUGUUCAAGUGCUUUUUCACAUAUUUAAGUAUUUUUUAUCUAGAAAAAAUCUGAGUUUAUGAGAUUUAGACAAAGCAUCUCCAUGCACUGAUGUAGAAGUGAUACCCAAAGAGGGCCAGACAAGGCAGUUGUGUGCCUUAGGCGAGAUCUGAAAAUUCCGUGUCUCAUGUUACUGCCCACUGGAGACAUUGGGCCUCCGUGUAAUAGAUCUACAUCUUUGCUUACCACCAAAUAUAGACCUAGAUGGCAAGGAGUGAACUUCUCUGGCAAAGUGAGAAUCCUUAUCAUGGCCCCCCAUGCCCCAGAGUGUCAUCAGGGACCUUCUACUUGCCUCUCCAGUCUAGGCUCUCCUUCACAACUUCAGUUUUCCUCGAAUUCCUGCUAUAAUCAGUGCUUGAAUGUCUUCUAAUGUCUAAGUUGUCAGACGUGAUCAGAUUUUGAAGGAGCUUACUCAAUUAAUUUGAAGAUAUUUUUCAGUUUUAGUACUUACCAAUUGAUACUGACAUUCCACUUUACCUUUUGUAAAUUUUAUAGGCAUUUACCUUUUUAGACAGCUGAUAAUGUAUUUGAUAAGGUCCAUGAAAAAGGGAAUUCUAAUAACCUCGAUGCACUUUAGUGAAAUGAUUAACUAAAUUCCUUGGCCAGGUUUCCCUGUAAUUUUCUAAAAGCAUAGCUGGUAAGUUGCCACAUAUGUGGCAUACUCACACUCACACACACACAUUCCAAAAAAAUGUAUGUAAAAACAUGGAGGAAAUGCUAAAAAAUUAGACAAUUUGGAUGGCUUAAAUUUAAGCUUAUCUGAUAAAAACUACAUAUGCCACACUAAAGUUUUUUUUUUUCUUUCCGAUGUGAAACAGCAAUAAAGUAUAUUUUUCUGGGCUUUUUAAUUAAUCAUGCUAGUUCAUUAAAAAAAUUAUCAGUAGUUUGUUCCAUAUGUGAAAUGAUAUUAACCUAUGUGACAUUGGGCAAAUCAUUUGAGCUCUCUAAGAAUCAACAUUCUUAUCUGAAUUUGGACUAGAUGAUCUCUACAGAUCCUUCCAGCUCUAAUGUUGAAUAAUUCGCACAUUUUGGUGUAGAGGUAAGGAGCUUAUUCUAAAUAUGCCAUGGAUUACCUUUCUAGGUUUCAGAUUCUGUAGCUGCAAAUAAUCAUCUAUUUAUAAAUCCCACUUAACUAACUUAAAAUAAAAAAAAUAGAUGUUUAUUUUCUAGAGCUAUUUUUUUUUUGGAAGGGACAGGGGAUAAUAGCAUAUGUUUUGUUGUGCCAAAGAAGCUUUAAAAAUUGUUUACGUGGAGUUACUUUAAUAAGAAUGAGGACUUCAUAUCUUUGUUUUCAGAUGGUAUUUAUUGCUUAUGAUGGGCAUAAGUGAUUUAUAUUUUAAAAGACAAAUGUAGAUCUAAUAAGUACUUGGCACUACUUAUUUCCAAGGAGAAAGGGUUGGAGUAUUAGAAGUUUAGUCAUUCUUUGGAAUAGAAAUUAAAUGAAUGUGGGAAUUUAUCGAAUUACUUAAAUGUUACCUAGCUACUCUAAUAAUUUAGACUAAAAAUAAAUAACAGUACUCAUAGGUGGAAUAAGUAGGUUUAAGUUGUAUGAUUUCAGGGAAAGAAGCGUCCUGAUGUUAAAAAAAAUUCUCUUCCUCCCAUCUUCCCUUAUGAUAGCUUCUCUCGUAAGUCAAUUUAAUAUCUUAAUGCAAAAGAAGGAUUCAAGAGCAGAUUUUGGUAGUAGUAGUUGGGGCAAUGCAACCAAACGGCUGCCUGUUUAAUGCUUUUUGCCUUGGUCCUUGAUUCAUAGUGCUACUCUCACAAGAUCUGUCACUGAGGACAGCAUAAUUUAUUGUUAACUAUCAACCUACUUUUAGACAUUUUAAGUUAUUUUUCAAAUAACUAAUUUGCAUACAUUUUUAGUAUACAAGAAAAAGGAACUCAAUGUUCCUAUUUUAUUUCAUAGAUAUGGACAGUACCUCGCACAUUCUUACAUUUGACUCUGUGCAGAAGUAAACAUUUUUCUCAGCCCAUCAUAUAAAAGACACAAUCACAAUUUUUUACUUCUGUUGUGCUCCCUUUCUUGGAGCUCUUGGAGUAAAGUUCAUUUGCUCUUGUGGAAUUUCAGCUUUCUACGCAGGUCAUUUCAUAAUAUUCAUAGAAUUUAUAGAUGUCUGUGCAUGAGAAAAUUGAUUGUAUGUCUUAAAACCUCAGUUCUAGUGGCAAUGUUCAUUGUUCAGGAAGAAAAAUAUCAUGAAUGUUGAAUCAAUGCCAAAACUUGUAUGGUGUAUUUUGUCGCCUUGAUAUAAUAUUUGUUGCAUGUAAAUUAAACAUUUUAUAGCCAUCAA